AUGCGGUUUCUCCAAGUUGGCUGCAAGGCAGCCCUAGUUGCCGCUAUCGGAAGCCUGGCAUCUGCAUCCAGCUUCAAGAACCACUACUACGACUACAUUGUUGUCGGUGGUGGUCCCGCCGGUAUAAUCACAGCUGAGCGGUUCGUUGAGGCUGGCAAGAAGGUCCUCCUUCUCGAACGAGGUGUUGGUCCAACCGUCGCUACCGGUGCCAAUGAAACUCUCACCUGGAACAAGGACCUCACAGCGAUUGACCUGCCCGGUCUUUCUGCCGAUGUUGGUAGCCUCCCUGUAUGGGAUGAGUAUAUGUGUACCGAUACCGAGGGAAUGGCCGCCUGUGUCCUCGGUGGUGGUGUCACCGUGAACUAUAUGGUCUUCGUCCACCCUCCCGAGCACGACUUCGACGACAACAACAACUGGCCCGAGGGAUGGAAGUGGAAGGAUCUCAAGCCCGCUGCUGAGCGUCUUUACCAACGCAACCCUGGUACAACUCUGCCCUCUGCCGAUGGCAAGCGUUACGAUCAGGGUCUGUACUCGGUUCUCUCCAAGUUCUUCAGCACCGUCGGCUGGAAGUCCGUCGACAUGAUCUCCGAGCCCAACGAGAAGCACAAGGUCUACAGCUAUCCUUCCUGGAACAUCAAGGACCAAAAGCGUGCUGGUCCCGUCCGCACCUACCUUCCUCUGGCCGAGAAGAAGGAUAACUUCUCCCUGCAACUCGGCACCAAGGUCAUCCGCGUUGUGCGCUCUGGUAGCCACAUCACCGGUGUCGAGGUGCAGACUUCCUCCGGUGAGACUGAGAUCAUCACUCUUGCUCGCGAUGGUCGUGUCAAGCAAAUCGAGACUGCCAAGGAUAGCGGCAUCAAGGUUCCUCCCAAGAAGCAGUGGCUCGACCUGCCCGUUGGCCUUGGUUUCCGUGACCACCCAAUCUUCACCCUCAAAGUCCAGACCAACGGCUCUUUCGGUAUCCCCGACUACGACGCCAUCGUCAACGGCACUGACCGCAAGGAUAUCAGCCUCUACGGAAAGAACAGCGGUCUUCUGACCCAAGGAAAGCACCGUGCUAUCUUCUUCUCUUCCAAUGAGCUGAACGGUCAGACUCGCUACUACCAGGGCUCUUGCGCUCCCGCCGAUGGCUCUGUUCUUGAGAUCAAGACUUACCUCACCCACGGUGCUACCUCUACCGGUGUCCUGGGUCUUGACUCCAACCAGAAGACUGUUUUCGAGGAGUCUCCUUACAUGCAGACCGCCGAUGACAAGAAGGCCGCCGCUGCCUUCGUCAAGGAGUUGAUCAGCGAUAUCAGCACCCCUGGCUCUGGUCUCGAGCUCAUCACCAAGCCCAACGUCACCGCUAUUCUUAACACCAUCUCCUCCGGCAACCACUACACCACUUCUGCCAAGUUGGGUACCGAUGACGGACGCAAGGGUGGCUCUUCUGUUGUUGACCUUAACACCAAGGUCUACGGAACGGAUAACCUGUACGUCGUCGACGGCAGUAUUCACCCCGACCUUCCCACUGGUAACAUCCAGACUACUAUCAUGGUUAUUGCUGAGGCCGCUGCUGCGCGGAUUCUGGCCCAGCACUAG